AUGUCGACAUUCGGGAAGCACUACAGGGUGACAACCUACGGCGAGUCACAUGGGCGGAGCGUGGGCUGCAUCGUUGAUGGCUGUCCGCCAGGCCUCCAGCUCGCUGAGCAGGAUAUUCAACCUCAAAUGACACGACGGAGGCCUGGUCAGUCCGCUUUAACAACGCCAAGAAAUGAGAAGGACAAGGUGGAAAUACAGUCUGGCACGGAGUUUGGGGUCACUCUCGGAAGUCCAAUCGCUCUACGAGUGCUCAAUGAGGAUCAGAGACCAAAAGAUUAUGGUGGCGGCGGGGAGAACAUUGAUAUGUUUCCGAGACCCAGCCACGCGGACUGGACGUACUUGGAGAAGUAUGGGGUCAAGUCUAGCAGCGGAGGCGGCCGAAGCAGCGCGAGAGAGACGAUCGGGAGGGUCGCAGCAGGAGCCAUUGCCGAGAAGUAUCUCAAAGACGCCUACGGAGUCGAGAUCGUCGCCUACACCAACUCAGUGGGACCCAUUGAGCUUUUUCCAUCCACGAAGGAACACCCCAGCCCAUCGACGAACCCAGCGUUUCUCGACUUCUUGAACAAAGUCACCCGAGAGGAGGUUGAUUCUUUUCUCCCAGUGCGCUGCCCUGACGAGAAGGUGUCACAGUCGAUGAGUGACCUUAUCGGCGAGUUUCGCGAUCGAGAAGAUAGCAUUGGUGGUACAGUGACCUGCGUCAUUCGGAACUGCCCUGCCGGUCUCGGAGAGCCCUGUUUUGACAAGCUUGAGGCCACUCUCGGCCUGGCGAUGAUGAGCUUGCCAGCCACGAAGGGUUUCGAAAUCGGGUCUGGGUUUGGAGGAACGAGGAUACCUGGCUCGACCCACAACGACGCCUGGAUCAAGACCCCUGCCAUUGCUCCCGGCGAGACCAAACCGAACGUCAAGCAGCCCAAGUUGACGACGAAAACGAACCACAGUGGCGGAAUCCAAGGAGGAAUCUCGAACGGGGCUCACAUCUACUUCAACGUAGCCUUCAAGCCGCCGGCAACGAUUGGACAAGCUCAGCAAACGACCGGCUACGACGGGACGGAAGGCGUGCUUGCUGCCAAAGGACGCCACGACCCCUGUGUUAUUCCACGCGCCGUCCCCAUUGUCGAAAGUAUGGCUGCGAUCACUGUCAUGGACGCAUUAAUGGCUCAGCUUUCUCGAGAAGCAGCCCGAGACAGGCUGCAGCAGGCCGGGAUGACGAAUCCCGCCAUGAUGACGGCUACAGGCAACGGACACGCAUGA